CGCCGCACGCCGCGGUCACCACCUGCCGAAUCCCCCCAACGGCGCCGCUCGCCGCGCAGCCCGGCCUCUCCAUUAGUACCCGCGACGCCCCAGAGCCCCGGGUUAUUGGUGCCGGCGACGCCGCAUGACGAGGCGCCGGGCACGCCCGUGUCGUCGCUGCGGGCGCCGUCGUCGUCGGGCGGGCCUCGAAGUCCGUCGGCCUCGGGUUCAUUGCCGCCGACGCCGAUCAUGGGCGACUCGCCGAGCGUCGGUCAUCGGAGACGAGCGCCGGUGCCUCGGGGUGGCCUAGGCUUGGAUCGGGGCGGCAUAUCGUCCGCAUUAAGACAACGGACGAUCGUCGGCGCGACGCCGGAGAAGGACACGACUGAGCCCGAACCGGCACCCGCGCCCGCGACAGAGACGACGGGCGAGGCUAAAGCAGUGAUUUGGGGCACGACCGUGAACGUCGAGGACGUCAUGGACGACUUCUGUCGGUUUUUGAGAACUUAUGCGCCGCGACGCGACGCGGGCAAGCAGCAUACGGAUCCUUACUAUGUUAGAGGGUUAAAAGCAGCUCACGCUAAUAGAACCGCGUUGGAUGUGAACUGUCGGCAUUUACACGCUCAUAGUGCCGAUUUGUAUCGUAACCUAGUCCAGUACCCGCAGGAGGUGGUUCCUAUUAUGGACUUGGUCGCUACCGAAGAACUGUCGAGGUGUAUCCUAGAAGAUGCGGUAGACUCCCCGGAGAAAGCCUCAGAAUUGGAUCAGGAGCCGCCUCGCAUUCAAGUGCGACCCUACAAUUUGCGGGAGGUCCACGAUUUGAGGGAUUUGGACCCGGAGAACAUCGAUCAGUUGGUUGCGGUGGCUGGCAUGGUUACACGCACCAGCAGUGUAGUACCGGACCUCAAACAAGCCCACUACAAGUGCGUCGUGUGUGGUGGAUCGGUCGAUGUACUCGUUGAUCGAGGUAGAGUGGACGAACCCUCAAAAUGCGCGCGGGCCGGCUGCGGCGCCAAGGGUGCCAUGGAGCUCAUCCACAACCGAUGUAUUUUUACCGAUAGACAAAUAGUAAGACUGCAGGAAGCCCCUAGUCAAAUCCCCGAGGGCGAGACGCCGCACACUACCACAUUAUUCGCCUUUGAUGAUGUGGUAGAUGCCGUGCGGCCUGGUGACAGAGUAGAAGUGACGGGUAUCUUCCGGGCGAUUCCGAGGAGAGUGCAUCCUCGCGUGCGGACCUGCAAAAGUCUUUUUAGAACCUAUAUCGAUAGUAUACAUUUCAGAAAGAAAGGUGAUGAGAGGGACGACGUCGCUGAUGUCAUCGACGACGACCCUUCGAAGCCAAUCGGGCCCCAGUUCUCGUCGGACCGUAUCCGGCAGAUUGAAAGGUUUGCGCGGGACGGCGAGGCGCCCUACGAGAAGCUGGUGAGGGCUUUGGCGCCCUCGAUCUACGGUAUGGAAGACGUCAAACGCGGCGUUUUAUGCAUGUUGUUUGGAGGGUGCGCUCGAUUGCGGGAGACGAAGACCGAGGACGGGCCGCGGGACGGUGCGGUCGCGCGCACGGGUGUCACGCCCGGGGCUCGUAGUAGAGGUGACAUUAACGUGCUCAUGUGCGGAGAUCCCGGUACGUCCAAGUCCCAGCUCUUAUCCUAUGUCCACAAGAUCGCGCCUCGCGGGGUCUACACGUCGGGCAAAGGGUCGUCUGCGGUUGGGUUAACGGCUUCCGUGCAGCGAGACCCGGAAACGCGAGAGUUGGUCAUGGAGUCGGGAGCUGUGGUUUUAUCUGAUCUAGGUAUAUGCUGUAUUGACGAAUUUGACAAGAUGUCUGAUAUGACUAGGGCCGUGCUCCAUGAGGCCAUGGAGCAGCAGACGAUAUCAUUAGCUAAAGCAGGUAUUGUGGCUACGUUGAACGCUCGCGCUUCCAUCUUUGCCGCGGCCAAUCCUGUGGACUCGAGAUAUAACCCGAGACUGUCGGUAGUAGAAAACAUCCAGCUGCCUCCUACGUUGCUAUCGCGUUUUGAUCUGAUUUAUUUGAUAUUGGACAAUCCCGAUAGGGACUCAGAUAGACGCCUCGCGAAACAUAUCGUAGAGCUUUAUUUGGCGCCGCCGGAGCCUGGAAGUACGGAAGAGCAGGCGCGCAAGGUCCAGGCCCCGGCGGACGAGCGCUUUCUGCGGGAUUAUGUCGCGUUCGCACGCGCGCGGAUCCAUCCUGAAUUAGGUCCUGAAGCUCGGUCGGAACUCGUCGAUGCGUACGUCCGGAUGCGGGGUGGUGGAAGCGCGAGGCCGAAUAGAGGUAGAGCCAUCACGGCGACGCCUAGACAACUAGAGGGCAUGAUCCGCAUUUCUGAAGCGCUGUGCCGCAUGCGCCUCGAGACUCGCGUGACGAAAGCUGACGUGCUGGAGGCCGUGCGGCUGAUGCAGGUCGCCACGCUCGCGGCGGCGACGGACGCGUCCACCGGUUUAAUAGACAUGGACGCCAUCACCACGGGACGGACCGCGUCCGACCGCGCCCUCCACGAGUCGCUCUGCAAGGAUCUCAAGAAGAUUAUGGAAGCGAGACCGCGCGGCACGCCCGUGUCCAUCGCUGAAAUUAGAGACGAGGUCCAGCGGAACCACGACGGCGACCUCGACCAGCUCGCGUUCCUCGCGGCGUUGAGAUCGCUCGCCGCGGAGGACGCGAUCAUGCACAACGAGCGCGCGGCGACGGUGCUGCGGCGCUAGUAGUGCCGGUUCCCCUAUCGCGUUCUUAAGUGCAC